UAAUGAUCCUAAACGAAAUAUGCUUCCCUCUUGCAUCUCCCAAUUUUUUACAUCCUCGUAGUAUAUCCAGCUUCGAGUUUUGCUCUUCUCCUCUUGAAUAUCUGUUGUCUUUCUAGAAUCCAGUGUUACAAUGGAUACCAUUAUUGGGUGCCUUUGUUCAGCUGUUCCGAGUUUUCAACAAAUUUUUAGUUUCUUGGCUUCACAUGUACAUGCAGAAUACAUUUACAAGUUUGACGACAAUCUUGACGAUUUGAAGACUGCUUGCGAGGAUCUUAAAGCAAAAAUAACUGACCUGGAAGGCAGGGUUAAUGCUGAAGAAUUCAAGGGUCAGCGACGAAAAGAUGAAGUGGUAAGGUGGCUUUUAAAAGCCAAAAAAGCUGUAGAGGAAACCAGUGUGCUGGUUGCUACGGCAUCCCCUAUAGGGGAAAGGUUGUCAACCCAUGGGUUUUGUUCCACCAAUCCCAUCUCAGCCUACAGCUGUGGCAGAAUGAUUCCCAAGAAGUUGGCUAAAGUUAGCGAACUCAUUUCUGAAAAAAUUUGCGAAGAGCUGACUCGGCAGUCUACUCUUGCUAAGGUAGUAGAACAACCUACCGAGCAAACAGUUGGUCUUGAUACAAAACUCGACAGCGCAUGGAGCCUUCUUAUGGAAGAGGGUACUAGAAUGUUGGGUCUGUACGGUAUGGGAGGGGUGGGUAAAACCACACUCCUAACUCGGAUUAACAACAAGUUCGUGGAAGUGGAUAAAUUUGAUGUUGUCAUUUGGGUUACAGUGUCGAAGGAUGUUGAUAUCGAGAAGAUUCAAGAUGAUAUCGGGAAAAGAUUACGUCUAUGUGACGACAAGUGGUGUAAAAAAGACCAAACCGAGAAACGUAGUGUUAUAUUCGAUGUUCUAACACAUAAGAAACCAAAAUACGUGCUUUUAUUGGAUGGCUUAUGGAAGGAGGUAAGUCUUACAAAAAUCGGGAUCCCACUGCGACAGGGAGGGAACUACAAAAUCGUGUUUACUACUCGCUCUAAGAGUGUCAGUGGAAGGAUGAAUCCAAAUGAGCAAAAAGAAGUUGAAUGUUUGGGGGAGAAGGAGGCAUUGGAUUUGUUAAUGCAAAAUGCGGGAAGAAGAGACGGGCUAAGUGGCGGUAUGCUUGAUCUUUCGAAAGAGAUUGCGAAACAGUGCCAUGGCUUACCCCUAGCCCUUGAGGUCGUUGGCAAGUGUCUGUCUUCUAGAACGACUGAAGCUGACUGGGGUGAAGUACUCUGCACUUUGGGUUCUCAUCCAGCUGUACUGGAAGGUAUGAAGAAGGAAAUGUUUGGUGUUUUGAAAGUAAGCUACGAUUACUUAGAACGAGGCGAAAAGGAUGCACAGUCGUGUUUCAAGUACUGCGCCCUGUUUUCCUUGGCGUCUAAUAUCACCCAAGAUGAGCUGGUUGAGUAUUGGAUAGGUGAAGGUAUCAUAGACGUAAGUCAGGGAAGAAGAAGAGCAGAGCGUAUAGGUAAUGAGAUAAUCAAUACUCUUGUUGGUGCAUCUCUGUUAUUGAAGGAUGAGCGGAAAGUGCAUAUGCAUAAUAUGAUCCGUGAGAUGGCCUUGUGGAUAGCAAAUGAAGUUACAGAUGGGAAAAGAUUUCAUGUGCAAACCGAUGAUGCUCGGUUAACGGAAAUGCCGUAUGUCCCAGAUUGCCAAACCGUGAGCAAGAUGUCGCUGAUGAACAAUGAGAUCAAGAGCAUCACCAACUCUUCUUCUCAGUUUACCAAUCUUGUAACCUUGUUCCUACAGAAUAACAAGCUGGCAGAUCUCGUUGGCGGAUUCUUCUGUCUGCUAUCGAAUCUGGUGGUCUUGGACCUAUCUCGCAACACUGGCAUCACUGAGCUUCCCGACGAUAUUUCAAAGUUGGUAUCAUUGCGUUAUCUCAACUUGUUAGGGACGAGGAUAAAGAAUUUGGGAGGUCUGAAACAUUUGAUUCUACUUAUCCACUUGAAUUUGGAGUCCACAUCCUAUGUUCGGAGUCUCAGAAUCAUUUCAGGAUUAGAUAAGUUGCAGGUCUUGAGGUUUUAUGGUUCUGCUCCUUUAGAUCGCUCUCUACUAGAGAGCUUGGAAACAUUUCAAGCUUUAGAACUUUUGACCAUUACUGUAAGAGACGUCGAUGCCUUGGAAUCCUUUCUAGGAAGCAAAAAAAUACGAAGUUGUACCCAGGGUCUAUUUCUCGACCGACUUCAAAUAUCAGGAAGGUCAUUUGCAGCCACCUUCGGAGAGCUAGAUAGUCUUUCCAAACUCGAAAUGAUAGAGUGCGAUAUCAUAGAGACGGAGACAACGGGAAUAAACAGAUAUUCUCCAUCUACAUCAGCUAGUCAGAUAACUCCAAGCAAUACAUGGUUCAGGAACCUCUCAGCUGUGGUACUAAUCUCGUGCGAACAUCUCAAGGAUGUGACAUGGCUGAUAUAUGCUGCAAAUCUUGAGUCGUUAAGCAUCCGGGUUUCACAUAAGAUGGAAGAACUUAUAAGCGAAGAAAAAGCUCGGGAUGAUGUUCGCGUUGAGCCUUUUAAAAAGCUACAAGUUCUUGAUUUGGAUUAUUUGGGUGAACUGGCGAGCAUCUACUGGAGUCCACUUUCCUUUCCAUGUCUGCAGAAAGUCCACAUAACUAACUGCCCAAAGCUACGUAAGCUUCCAUUAGAUUCCACAAGUGUAAAGAAAAUUGAUGAUCUUGUCAUAGAAAUGGACGACGGAUGGGAAGAUAGAAUUGAAUGGGAAAAUGGAGCUAAAGAGCGAUUCUGUCGGCACACUGCUUCUGAUUCUUAAGCUUCUUUCGGUGUAGAAAUGCAAGCCCACUAAAAACUUGGUGCGGAAACCAGACAUCAUCACUAAAUGCAGUCCAAAGUUCCUGCUUUUUUCUUUUACUGUAAACUUGGUUCAACGCCGUUUUGUACCACAAAAAAAACUUCUGCUUUUGCCACUUCUGUGUGUGUGAUUGGAACAUCUUAUUGUUCGAGAUGUGUCUGUUUUGUUGUCAACUGCCAUCUUCGCCAACUUCAAACAUUAUUGGUGUACUUUUUUUCAACCAACUCUUGUUCAUACAAAGAUAAAAGCAUUCUUGGCAAGCAUAUCUGCC